ACGGAUAAGCGUAGAGUGGAACAUCGUAGUGUAGGGCUAUCUGCUAUCGUUUCGUACAAAAAGGUCGAGAGUUCAUGAUCAUACACUGCUUUAAAACGAUGAUUUUACGAAGUGUUUGACGACGAUUUCUUUUUCUUUAUUAUCACUGCCGACUGAUCAGAAACUAUAGACGUUGAAGUUUUUCUUUAUAUCUUUUUGUGUGAAUAUUUGAUUAACAAGCGCAUAACCUGUUAAAAUUAUUAUAGAAGAUUUAGGAAUUUGAAAUUAAGUGUGUGGAAAUUAUUAUAAUAAUAUAAUCCGAAGAUGCCACUCUUCGGUAAAAAAGAUUCAAACAAGAAGAUUAAAAAAGAUGGAAAAGAUGAUAAAUCGCCGUCUGUUGAGGACAAAUACAUCCUAAAGGAAUUACUUGGAACAGGUGCUUUUUCUGAAGUACGUUUGGCAGAAAGUAAAGAAAAACCUGGACAAAUGUUUGCUGUGAAAAUUAUUGAUAAAAAAGCAUUAAAAGGAAAAGAAGAUUCUUUAGAAAAUGAAAUUAGAGUUUUACGAAGGUUAACACAUCCUAAUAUUGUUCAGUUAUUGGAAACAUUUGAAGAUAAACAUAAAGUUUAUUUAGUUAUGGAAUUAGUGACCGGUGGAGAAUUGUUUGAUAGAAUUGUUGAAAAAGGUUCCUAUACAGAGAAAGAUGCCUCAGGUUUAAUAAGACAAGUUUUAGAAGCUGUGGAUUAUAUGCAUGACCAAGGUGUAGUACAUAGGGAUCUUAAACCCGAAAAUCUUUUAUAUUAUAAUCCAGAUGAAGAUAGUAAGAUCAUGAUUAGUGAUUUUGGCCUAUCAAAAAUGGAAGAUUCUGGUAUUAUGGCAACUGCUUGUGGUACACCAGGAUAUGUUGCUCCAGAAGUCUUAGCACAAAAACCCUAUGGAAAAGCUGUGGAUGUAUGGAGUAUAGGAGUCAUUUCUUAUAUUUUAUUAUGUGGCUAUCCCCCAUUUUAUGAUGAAAACGAUGCGAAUCUGUUUGCACAAAUUUUAAAAGGUGAAUUUGAAUUUGAUUCACCGUACUGGGACGAUAUCAGUGACUCUGCAAAGGAUUUUAUUCACAAAUUGAUGUGCGUCAAUGUCGAAGAGCGUUAUACUUGCAAACAAGCCCUUGCACAUCCUUGGAUAUCCGGCAAUGCAGCUAGCAAUAAAAAUAUCCAUGGUACUGUAUCGGAACAACUUAAAAAAAAUUUCGCCAAAUCAAGGUGGAAGCAAGCCUAUCACGCAGCCACGGUUAUACGUCAAAUGCAACGGUUGGCGCUCAACAGCGGCCAACAGCAACAGGGCCCAGGAUCAACAGGCCCCUCCAGCGGCAAUCUCAUGCCAUACCCCGAUCAAUCGCAAUCCAACCCCAGUCAUCAAUCCAGAUCAAUGGACUCUCCAACCAAUCACAAUUGAAGGAAAUACGCGAGUCACCAUUGUCAAUGUCAAGCUUGGUGGCCUCGAAUCCUAUUCCCAUUCCAAUCACUCCAAGUUCACCAUUAUACUUACGCAACAAACGCUUCAAGCUGUGGGGUAGCACACGCACUGCUCUGUCUACUCUAUUUCAAACGAAUAUAUCGUAUCUUAGAAAGCAAAGAAAGUAUAAGAAAAGUUGAGUCAUACUAAGUUUCUUCUAAUGAGAAACUGUCGGAUUGGUUAUUUUCUUGCCGAAUAUUAUUCUAAUUCUGGUAAGAACUUGUAUAGAUUCCA